AAUUAGUUUGUUAAUUUUAACGUGCAGUUCCAGGCAUUUGACUUUCGGACAACUUUGAGAAACAAACCAUUCUUGCAGCUUUUCCAUUCUCUAUAUGUAUAUCCUUUAACUGUGAGCUUGAGUAGGAAAAGGAAUCUAUUCGUAAGAGUUGAGCUAAGAAAGGAUGAUACAGAUGCAAUGUAUCCCAGGGAACCUGGUUUAUAACUUCAGAGUUGCUGUUCGUGCUUCGGUGGCCUGCUACCAUGAUGAAAUUAAAGUUUCUCUCCCUGCUGUUUGGACACCAUUGCAUCACCUUCUAUUCACUUUCUUCCAUGUUGAUCUUCAAAUGAAACUAGAAGCUCCAAAACCAUUCUGUUCUUUUACUUGGCAGGUAGUAAUUGGAUAUGCAGCACUUCCAUUAUCCACCCAUGCACAGUAUGCAAUUGCCUUUAUGUUUGUCAUCUUUUGUUUUGUUUCUUUCCUUGAUGAUUUAUUAACUUUCAUUAUUUGUUCUGCUACUGGAGUGAGAGGUAUGGUAGUUCAUGGUUACUUUCCUGGUUUAUGUUGUGGGUUGCGAUCAGAAAUUUCUCUACCAAUUAUGAGAGAACUGGUUCCACAGUAUCUUCAAGAAAAUGGAAAGGAGAGGCUGGAUUAUUUGGAAGAUGGAAAAACUAUUUUUAAAUUGCAAUUAAGGCUUUGCUCAUCUUUUUACCCAAUUAACGAGCACAUAUGGGAUUUUUUUAACAAGCCCUCCCUGGGGUUCUGAACUUUUGGAGGUAUAUUGGCUAUGCUUCUUUAUUCAGUCUUUUCAGUUGUCUUGGUUAUAUCUAUUAUUAGUAUUCAUAAUCUCUUUAGUUUUGGUGUUUUGUAAUUUUCAAGUCCACUGAAAUUAUUCUAUGGUUGUGCUUGAAUUGAUUUAAACAUUCCCCAAAGCCAGUUUUCUUAAUUGGUGAUACAGCAUGUCAAUUUUAUAAAUGCAAAACACUAUG